AUGAAGGGUGGUCUGUGUAUUAUCUACACGUCUUUACUGACAAUAUCAGUGCUUUCUAGUUGUGCUCUCUUCAUUUUGGUAGUUUCGGAAGCUCUCCAUGGUGAGGGAGACCCUAAGGUUGAUCUAUCUGGGCUACAUAAUGUUAGCCAGAAAACGGGGGUCAGUGACCGCGAUGUCGACCCUGGAAUUAGUCCUGAAACAUCGUUGGCCGAAGACACGAAGACGGAAGAUGAUCGUGAAAUGAUUUUCCCGGAGGCAUUAUCUCUAAACUCUGUGACUACAGAUGGGUAA